AUGUUUGCCGAGACUUUUCUUGGACACGUUGACGACACUCAUAGCGAGAGGCGCAUGAGUGGCGGCGCGGAGGCGUGGCGGGCGGUGAAGCCCAGGCCUCCUCCCGGGGAGGGUGCCGCGGGGGUCGACACGCUGGAUGCGACCGUCGAUACCUCGGCGGCUAAGGGAAAGCGGGGGCGGACCUCGGAUCCGCCCGGGAAGAUUCGUGGCACCCCAGCCACCUUGUUGGCACCCCCCGAUUUCACAAACGAUGGGGUCGGCUCGUCGCCUGCGUCCGCGUCGUGGGAAGAGGGGGCAAUGGAGGCGGAGCGGCUGUACCUCGAUAACAAGCGGCGGCGUCUCGAUGCGCCGACGGAGACCGAGGCGACGUCGCCCGAACGCCCGCCCGCGCCGAGGAAUCUAUCGUUCGCCUCCGGGGGAGGAGGGGGACUCGGAGGUCAACGCCGCUCGGAACCUCCUCCGCCCGCGCGGCCGACGCCCUCGCAGCGCGCGAAAGGUCCCGCGGCGAGGACGGCGCACAGCGCGCACACAUCCUCGACCGCAUCCGCGCGUCUUCCGACGACGCCGCCCGCGGUGACCGUCGAACUCGACUCUCUCGCGCUGCCAACCGCGCUCGUAGAUUACCUCCGCGCGGAGAAGAAGAUCUCGAGGCUCUACCCGUGGCAGGCUGAAUGCCUCGCGAUGCCCGGGGUGAUGGCGCACACGCGCAACCUGGUGUACUGCGCACCCACGAGCGGCGGCAAGUCCCUCGUGUCCGACCUCCUCGUCGUCCGUCGCUUAAUCGCCGGCGGCUGCGACGGCGGCGCGGCGAUGGCGCUGAUGGUCCUGCCGUUCGUGUCGCUCUGCCAGGAGCGAUCGACGGAGCUGACUCGGAUGCUCAAGCCGCUCGGGAUCGAGGUGCGAUCGUGUUUCGGCGGUCAACGCGGCGCCCUGCCCCCGCGGGGAGGCGCGGGGGGUCUCAUCGUCGCCACCCCGGAGAAGGCUAACGAUCUCGUCACCCGGCUCGUCGCGGAGGAUCGGAUUCACGAGCUGGCGUGCGUGGUGGUGGACGAGCUGCACAUGGUCCAGGACGUCAGCCGCGGGAGCACCGUGGAGCUCAUGUUGACCAAGUUGAUGCACGCCGCGGCCGAGUCGUCAUCAGACGGCGUUGACGCGAGUUCGUACGAGUAUUCAGGGUCCCAUCUAGAGGUUGGAGCCCGCGGCGCAGGCAAAGGCGAAGACGACGGUAAACCUCGCGAGAAUGAUAUAUACCUCGCGAGUCCGCUGAGCGGCGCGAGCUCCGAACGGGACCCCACGGGAUCCGCCCCGUCGCCGCUGCAAGUCAUCGGCAUGAGCGCGACACUGCCCAACCUGGACGCGCUGGCCCGAUGGCUCGGCGACGCGGCGCUGUUUGAGACUGACUUUCGACCCGUGCCCCUUCGUUCCCACGUCGUGGUCGGCGCUCGCGCGUACCCGGUGCCGGAGAGGGAAGCUAUCGAGUUUCUCGACGCGCACGACGACCCGCUCGACGCGGGCGGCGCGAGGGAUCUGUGCAUAAACCCUUCGGCGUUGAACCACUCGGUGCCUUCCACGUCGUCUACGCCCGCCGAUGCGGGUUGUACCGAGCUGGACGCGGUUGAGGCGUUGGCGAGCGAGACGGUGCGCCGGGGCGGAGGCGGCGUCAUCGUCUUCUGCGCCGCCAGGUUUCAGUGCGAGCUCGUGGCCAGGGCGCUGUCGCAGAGGCUGCGGGUUCCCGGCGCGGAUACGGAGACGAACGCACCGCUCGCGUCGCUCGUGCAGGACAUCCGGAGGGUCACCGGGGACGAACCUACUGUACAUCGGAGCGACUCAUCAAUGGUGAAUCGGGGUGAAUCUAUGCAGAUGAACAAGACGCUUGCGGAUUGCGCGGCGGUGGGAGUGGCUUGGCACCACGCGGGACUCCACCCGGAGGCGCGAACGCUCGUCGAGCGGGGUUUCCGCGAGAACUCGAUCCAGGUCAUCUGCUGCACCACGACGAUGGCCACCGGCGUGAACCUGCCAGCGUCCAGGGUCGUCAUCCACGGCGCGUACCAGUACCGCAAGGGCAACAAAGGUCACGCGCUCAUCGGAUCCAGGGACCUUCAGCAGAUGGUGGGUCGCGCCGGCAGGGCCGGGUUCGCGACGCUGGGCGAGGCGUUCGUCAUCGCGCCCAAGCCGAACGAGAUUGACUGGCGCUCGAUCAUGGUGGGACCCUCAAACGGCGCUCAAACGAGGGAUCGGGCGGCGGUGGCGAGGGAACUCGGUCGAAGGCUCGUAUCCUCCGGCGACGCGUUGAGCUCUAGGAUCGCCAAGGAGGGUAUGCGACGCGUGAUGCUCGACGCCGUGGCGUGCGGCUUGGCCAACACCCCGCGGGAGAUUCGUCGAUACGUCGCUCGGACGCUGCUCGCGGCGUUGAACGAUUUUCAGGACGUGGUGGCGGCGGACGCGACGGCGGCGCUGGCGUGGCUGGCACACGGCGGGUUCACGGUUUGGGACCAACACGCGUUCAGAUGGGAGCCCACCGCGUUGGGUCGCGCCGCCGCCGCCGCGCACCUCACCCCGGACGCGGCGGUUCGCGUGGUGAACGACGUGAAACUCGCGAGGCGCAGGCUCAUACUGGAGUCUGACCUGCACUUACUCUUCCUCUGCGUCGAACCCGAGCCGCCCGUCUGUGUAGGACGGGACGCCACCCAAGGGGGGCCGAAUGAGACCAACAAGGGCGCAACAAACAGGCCGCGAACGCCGGAGACGUGCUCGCUCGACGAGGUGAGUUUCAUUAAAAUUUACGAGAGCCUCAGCGAGCACGAGAGUCGCGUGGCCAACGCCGUGGGCAUCAAAGCCGAUUACGUCGAAGGCAGGCUGAGGCUGGGGCGAAAAGACGUCACGCCGGAGCACGGGAAUCAGCGCCGCGUGUGCCUCCGGUUUCUCCACGCGCUGGCUCUGAAGGAUUUGGUGUCUGAAGUUGACCACGCCACCAUCGUCGCGUCGUUUGGACUCAAGACGAGCGCCAGGCUGCUUUCGCUGCAGGAGAGCGCGGGUAGGUACGCGGGGCAGGUUGCGUCGGUGUGCGGACCCAUGGGCUGGGGCGACAUGGAGGUGCUGGUCGCCAGGCUUCAGGACAGGAUCACCGCGGGCGCCAGGGAGGAGAUACUGUGCCUCACGCACAUACCGCAAAUCGGCGCGUCGCGAGCGAGGACGCUGUAUAACCACGGCGUACGAACCCCCGAGGCGAUCGCCGCGCUGAGCCGCGAGGACCUCGUGAAGAUUCUUCGCUCCAGGGGUCCGUUCGAACGCGCGCCGGGCAGGGCCGCCGACGCCAUCCUUCGCGGCGCGAGACAGCUGUGCGAGGAGCAGCGAAGGGCGACGAGGGAGGAGAGCGAGGCUAAGCUCCGAGAGCUCGAGAAUCUCGCGCCCAUCGAGAGUUUUGAUGCAGACAAGGAAAACGCCGGGGAGAAAUCUCUCAUCGGAGCCGACGGUGAAGCUUUAACUACCGACGGUGAACCGAUGACAGAGGAGGGCGAUUCGAGUCUCGACGUGGACGCAUCAAGGGGCUGCGUGGUGGUCCGGCGUCCUCGAGCGUUGGCGUCGCUGUUGGACCGGUGGCGGAAAGAGAGUCACUACGCCUUCGUGUUCCAGCCCGGGAAGGGGGCGGCGGAGGAAGGGCACGCGUCGGACGCGUCGCCCCCGGACGGCAUCGCGCUCUGCUUCGCGUCCAACCCGCUCGCGACGUUUUACGUCCCCGUCGUGCACGGUGUGUGUACAGCUGCGUCACAACAACCGCUCGGGAACGCGACGACGACAAAUGUUGAAACGCCACACUCCUUGUGUGCGGAGAAGGAAGGGCACCAACCGCGCGGGUGGCCGUGGAGCGUCGUGCGCGAUGUGCUGAGGGAGACGACGGGCGCGAGGAAGGCGACGGUGGAUCUCAAGCCUCAGCUCCGCGCGAUGGGCGCCGCGGACCGAGCGGCGGCGAAUCCUUCGUUAUUAUCCACGGCGGCUUUGUCUUUCGGGAAUCGCCUAAACUCGAUUGGCGUCGUCGGAGGCGAGGUCGUGGACGUUCGCGUCGCGGGCUGGCUCCUCCGCCCGGACGCCGCCGAUCUCGCCUGCGCCGUGACCGUCGGUUGGGCGAAAAUCGGCGAGGAGCUCACCAAGAAUUCAUCCUCCGUCAAGAAGAGCCUGGCGGAGACGAUUCUGAGAUUUUACCACGGAUUUUCCGACGGCGUGGACGCGGCUUCGGUUCGCGCAGCCGCGAGGUGGACCCUCGGCCGGACGCGCACGAGCCGAUCGCACGCGUCCGCCGCGUCCGCCGCCCUGACCGCCGCCGCGUGCCUCGCCGCUGACGUCGCCGCGAUCGUUCCGCGGUUCGGGUCGGUUAAUGUUUUGGUUAAUCCAAAAACCAAAAACCAAAACGUUUCUUCAGACGCGAAACUCGGCGACGUGCUGAGGGACGCGGAGAUGCGACUGGUCCCCGCGCUGGCCCAGAUGGAGGCGACCGGCGUGGCGUUCGACCCGAGCGUCCUGUGCAGGCAGAUGAGGCAGGCGAACCGGCGGCUGCGCGAGAUUGAGCGCGAGGCUGACGCGUUGGUAUCGAAGCAGGUUCCCGGCGCCGAGCCCGCGUUCAGUUUGGCGUCGUCGGCGGACGUCGCGAGGGUGCUCUUUGAAAAUCUCAAAUUACCGCCGCCGCCGUGCGCCGUGGUGCAGUGCGGGAACGGUCGUCGACGUCUUCGCGCCAACGCGGAGGUUCUCGCGGCGCUCAAGGACCAGAGCGACCUGCCGGCGCUGGUGCUGGAGCACAGGACGCUGUCGAGGUGCGUGGCGAUGGCUGACGAGAUGGUGGAGCUCGCGUUGGGGGGCGCGCGGCGCGACGAAGGAAACUCUUCGCGAGGGAAAAUCACGAGACUUCGCGGCGCCAUCCACCAGACAAACACGGAAACCGGUCGGCUCGCCAUGGAGGAACCUAACCUGCAGACGGUGCCCAAGCCGAGGACGUUUCGCAUGGCUGACGCGUACGACGGAAGACCGGGGAUAAUCGCACCGGAGGGCUCCGCUAAAGCGCACAAAACGCGCGAGCCGAGCCCCGGCACCGAGGUUGGAUCCGAGGAGACGCUCUCCGUUCGAAACGCGUUCGUCGCGCCCCCCGGCGCCGUCCUCCUCUCCGCGGAUUACCGCCAGCUGGAGCUCAGGGUGAUGGCGCACAUGUCCGGCGACGAGGGUUUGGUGCGGGCGUUUAACCACGAGGGCGCGCCGCCGCACCACCCAGACGCGGAUCCGUUUAGGUUCCUCGCGUCGCGAUGGCGGGGCGUCGAGGUGGGAAAGGUGUCCGACGCCGACAGAGCCGUGGCUAAGCAGCUCGCGUACGGCGUGCUGUACGGCUCCGGGCCAGCUCGGUUCGCGCAGGAGAUGGGCGUGACCGAGUCCGAGGCGCGGGUUCAGAUCGAGGCGUUCAAAGCGUCCGUCCCCGGCGUGGAGAGGUGGCGGAAGAAAUUGAUCGAGACGGCAUCGCGAGCGUCGCCGCCGAGCGUGGAGACGAUUUGCGGCCGGCGAAGAAUUCUUUCGUCGCUGGCACCCGACGCGGCUUUGACCGCCACUGGAUGCGAGGAUGCGAAACGGCGGUUCAGGUUGGACAGGAGCGCAGACGAGCGGCGGGCGGUGAACACGGCGUGUCAGGGGUCCGCCGCGGACGUGGUGAAGCGCGCCAUGAUUGCGGUGUUCGACGAGCUGGACCCUUCGCUCGCGACGCCCGUGCUCCAGAUUCACGACGAGCUCCUGUUCGAGGUUGACGCGUCGCGGGUGGUCGAGGCGGCGAGGGCGGUUCGAGCCAUCAUGGAACGCGCGGGUGAUGAGUUUGGGUUCACCGUGCCACUGCCGGUCAAGGUGAGCGCGGGUGCAAACUGGGGCGACCUCGUGGAGCUGGUGGAGGUUCUCUGAGGGAAAAUUAAAUUUUUAGGUAGUCUAUUUUUUCUCCUCUGGCCGAUGAGAUGUACGUGGUGAAUC